AUGGAUAGGAGUACUUUUUACAAAUUAUGUGAUUUGCUUAAAAAUCAUGGUGGUUUGAAGGAGUCAAAAAAUAUGUUUGCUGAAGAGAGGGUUGCAAUAUUCUUAAACAUGUUGGGCCAUGAUCAAAAGCAAAGGUUGCUUGUUAGACGUUUACGAAGAUCAAAAGAGACAAUUACUAGAAACUUCCGACAAAUAUUGAGAUGUGUUUUGAGAUUGCAUAACAUCCUAUUGAAAACUCCUGAACCUAUCCCUGAGGAUAGCAACGAUGAGAGAUGGAAGUGGUUUAAGAAAUGUCUAAGGGCUUUAGAUGGAACAUUCAUUGACUUGAGAGUUCAAGAGAUUGACAAGCCUCGGUACCAAUCAAGAAAAGGUGACAUUUCAACUAAUGUAUUGACAGCUUGUUCAGUAGAUAUGGAGUUUACCUAUGUUUUACCGGGUUGGGAAGGCUCUGCAGCUGAUAGUAGAAUCCUAAAGGAUGCCCUUCUAAGAACUCAUUCAAUUAAGAUUCCUCGAACUUAUUACCUAGUUUAUGUUGGAUAUACAAAUGGAGAAGACUUUUUGGCACCAUAUAGGGGUCAAAGGUAUCAUUUAAAAGAAUGGAAAGAUGGUUACAAACUAAGAACAUCACUAGAGUAUUUCAACAUGAAACACUCGGCUACGAGAAAUGUAAUUGAAAGCUUCUAUGAAGCUGAAACACAUGCAGAUAUUAUAUCUUCAUGUUGUCUUCUCCAUAACCUUAUUCGUAGAGAAAUGAAGUUUGAUCCACUUGAGCCUUUGUUAGAUAUUGAUUAUGGAAGACAAUUCAUGAAUGGUGAUGAUGAUGGCGACAAUAUCGAUGUAGUUGAAUCAUCUAUUGCUUGGACCCUUUAG